GGACCUUCACCUGUUGAACAGACGCUGGAUGACUUUGAUUUUGGACCCAUGGCUUGGCAGCAGGUCGAGCUUCUGCUGGUUCUGACUGGGUUUGUGCUGCUGGUUUUGGUUCGGGGAUGGGAACGGGUCAACGAGAGUCAGCUUAUCCAGUUUUAUGAGACCGGUCAGUGGAGCGAUCCGGACAGCUUUAACGCAGAUGACUAUUAUGAUUACGAAGAGGAAAUUCUCAAGAAAGCUAUAAAUUUUGCUGCCAACCAAACGUCUCCUGUUGACGCUUUUCCGACGUUUGACCGGCUGAAACCGGUCCACCUGUUCACCACUGACAAAGACCUCGACUAUGAUGAUUACAAAGAUCAACCUCCCGAUGAAGAAGUUGAGGGUUUUGCGACCAGUGAGGUUGCAAAUCCUCACUCCGACCACAUGGAGGAAAGGGAUUCCAGUCGUAACAAAUGGCCUAAUGUUAAGGAGAGUGAAUUUCAUGUUGAGUUUGUAGCUCCGCUUCCCAAGAGCUGGGUUGGCUGCAGUCAUUCAGCUUCUGAGGAGACGGAUGUGGUCUGCACUGAUGAUGGCUUCCGAAUCACUUUACCAUCAGGGCAACUAAGUAGCAUCCAAGUUGUUGGCUGGAAGAAUAUUUCUGUGGCGGAUGCUCCAAAGUCCUGUGGUUAUCACACGAAUCACCUGAAGAACGUCCUGACUGUAGACUUCACUGGAUGCAAUGUGAGAGAAGAUGAGGAAGAUAUCUACAGUCUUCAGUUGUCCUUCAGAGUGUCUGGCCGUCACCAAGAGUUGACUGCGUUUUGUGUCGAAAGCGCCAAGUUUGAUUCUGGCCUGCUGCCUCGCACUUUUGGCAAACACACAAGGUGUGACAAACCGAUCAACCCUCCGCCAGCAACAGCUGACCCUAAACCUUCAAGGUGCCCACUCAGAACAAUCAAAGGCCCACUGACGACUGGAAAACCAGUGACAGCCGCACCAAAAUCGUGGCUUUUCACGACAAGACCUCCACAUACAACUGGCAAACCAGAGACUUCUCCCCCUGCAAAAGAGAUGUCCAGGAGUGCAACGUCACAGAAGCGACACAACUGUGCUGUUCAUGUUGAAGAACGCAUUCCCUGUGGUCACUUUGGAACAUCUCGCUCCGACUGUGAGAGGAAGGGAUGCUGUGUGGAUCCCUCUAAACAUGGCUGCUACUACCCGCUUGAUGAAUGCACCGCCGAUCAACAUGCCGUUUUUGCCAUUCGCCACGACUGUGCAGCCAUUCCUGUUGACCCCAGAAAACUUAGCGUUACUGGGGGGCCGCUCUGUAGACCAGCUAUUGUUAACGACAAAGUUGCUGUCUUUAACAUCAGACUUGAAGAUUGUGGAGUUCAUUCUUAUGAGGUUGGUGACAUGAAGAUCUACAUGAUUGAAGUUCAGAAUGUUGUCAAGGCUCUCAACCUCAAGUAUGGGAUAAUCACGAGGGAUGACCCUCUCAGGUUCUUGAUCGAGUGUCGCUACAUGAAAGACGGAGGCGCCGUCGCUGAUCAGGCUGUAGCCAGCAUUGGCUACAUGGUCAAGACCUCAACCUCCAAUCUUCCUUCAUCAAUCAUCUCCAGUGGCAGAUAUUCUGUUGAGUUGAGAAUAGCUAAAGAUCGCACUUAUUCAAGUUACUACCCCACCUACCAUCAACCCUUGAAGCUUCUCCUCGGUCACCCUGUGUACCUUGAAUUGAGGCUAAGGUCGGCUAAACCAGACGCGGUCCUGCUCGUUAACUACUGCUUGGCUUAUCCUCGCUCUGCAAAGAAUGCCUUAGUGAUAAUUCACGAAGGGUGUGCCAAUCCCAAUGAUCCAACUGUCUCCAUCCUUAAAGUGAGUGACUCCCCUCAAAAUCGCCAUCUGAGGCGGUUCAGGGUAGAAGCUUUCCAGUUUAUGGAUCAAAGAACAAACUUGUACCUGAAUGAAGAGAUUUACUUCAUGUGUUCAACAGAAGUUUGUAUGACGCUAGAAAAGCCAUGUGUGGAGCGCUGCUUUGAUGGGAAAGGACCAAAGUCUCUGGUCAAACGUGGAUGAGAUGCCAAUAACUGACUUAACAAAUUAACAUUUUAAAUUAAAACCUCUUGGUGCCCAGAGUAACCAGCCAGGAUGGGUUCCAUUUAAACUAAGAGGAUUUGCAAAUCUGACAACUAGAUUUAGAAUUUAUUUUUUAUGGAUCCACAUCAGUGAGCAGUGAAGUUAAUGUUGAGGGGCUGUCAAAUAAUUCAGUUCUUCAGUGCUUAAAUAAUAUAUUGAACAAGAUGAUACGAGGAAUGUAAGCCAUGUUUUGCGUCUGAAUAUUGAUGCUGUGUCGAGGCUCUACAGUGGAGCAUGUAAAUGCACAAAUCCUGAUCUUGAAGGGGGGAAAAAUGCAAUUAACUUAAAGCUCAUGUUAAUAAUUACAACAUAAUAAAAUCAUAUUUUAACCAAAUGGGAACAUCUUAAGUCCAUUUAUUUCCCAUUUCCUUUUUCAGAAGCCAUUUAUAAAUCUUACAAAGUGGUGUGCAAUUAAUAGUGGACUACUGAUGUUCAGGUUUUUUACAGGUCUUAAAAAGUCCUUUGGAGUUUUGCUGCUUAAAAGAAUAAAAAAAUUACAAACAAGGGAAUUAAAAUAACUCCAGUAUUUGAAAGUCAUGAGAGGAAAAAAAUUCACAUCCUUGAUUUACUGCGUCAGUAAAUUGGAAUGUCUUGGAUUCUCUACCUUUCCACUAUUCCUCCCAAACCUGGGACUUUAUUUCUAAAUAAAAAA